AUGAAAUUUGAACUUCGACAUAAUCAAACAUUUACAAUUUAUUUACAUGAUGAAAUUAUUAGAAGUAAUCAUCGUAUACAUAUUAUCAUAUGAUGGAAAAUAUUUACGACAAGUAUCAUCUAUAAACCAGCAACAAAUUGCUGAUAUUGAUAUACAUAUAAUACACGAACUCAUGGAUGUGUGAGGACACACAUCUAAUAGGAGAGGGGAGGAAUGUUAGCGGUGACUCACCCUCAUUCCUGCUCCUUGAUGUUUUUCUAUCUCUCUCUCUCUCUAUCUCUUUGUGGUUGUUAUUCUUUUUCUUUUCUCUUCUCUAUUGUAUCUUGUUAUAUAUAUGUAUGUAUUGUCAAGGACAUUUUGGAGAAGAUAUAUACAUUCUGAAUAAAAUAAACGUAAGCUCGGCGAAGCGAGCGAACAAUGCCAUAUGAAUAAUCGACAUGUACAUGUGUGGAACCGUAGGCAAGUGAGAUGAAAAUGAAUACUUUUAUCUAUUCGAUCGUCAAAUUACUAUCUAUCUAUCAAUCAUCCUUGUUUUUGUUUGGGGAAAGUGCGCUUUACCUAACCUUUACACUAAAUGUGUGCUUCGUCCUUAUUCGAUACUGCAUUAACUCUAGUUGUAAGACGUAUUUUGUAUCGGUGCACACUGUAAGAUUUUGACGAAUGCGAUACAACAAAAGACAGAGUGAAAGCGUGCAUUAUGCGAGAUUGACUGAUCUAAAGUUGAACAAAGGAUUCACACGCAAGUACAUUAUAGUAGCGAUUGUCGUGGUGAUCGCA